CUCUCUCUCAGCUACCGGAGGCGAAGACCCCCUCCUCCGCCUCCUCCCUUGCAAAGCUCUUAACCCUAACCCUAAUUAAGGUCCCAUUCCCCGAUCGAAGAGCUGGUGUUAGGGUUCCUCAUCCUCCUCCUCGUCGAUGGCGCAGAACGGGGUGGACUUCCACCUCCCCGACGAGAUCCUCGCGGUGAUCCCCACCGACCCCUACGACCAGCUCGACCUCGCGCGCAAGAUCACGUCCAUGGCGAUCGCCUCCCGCGUCAGCCGCCUCGAGUCCGAGUGCGCGCGCCUGCGCCGCAGCAUCGCCGACCGCGACAGCGCCAUCGCCGAGCUCCGCGACAGGGUCGCCCACCUCGACCGCCUCGUCCACGAGUCCGACGCGCGCCUCGGGGCCGCGCUCGAGGAGAACGCUAAGCUCGUGAAGGAGCGGGAUAUGCUGACUACGACGUCGAAGAAACUGGGUAGGGAUUUGGCAAAGUUGGAGACAUUCAAGAAGCAGCUGAUGCAAUCAUUGAGCGAUGAUAAUCUAAUGCAAAAAUCUGAAGCAGCUAAUAUUGAGGCCCAUGAUCAUACUGUUGCCCGAGUCGCUUCUUGGAAAGAUGGGAUUUCCAGCAGUCAUAGUGUAGCUGAUCUCACCAAUGGCUCUGUAGUAACCGGGGAGUCACCCAAGAUGAUGAAACCAUGUAUUCUUAAAGCAUCUGGACCCUCAGCAUACAAGUUCUCUAUCACACCAUACAUCACUCCACGGCUGACACCCACUUCGACUCCCAAAUUCUCAUCCACUGGCGGGUCUCCUCGAGGAUUCUCCACUGCAGGUUCGUCCCCCAAUGUCUUGUCUGGUUCAACUUCACCUACGAAAUCCCGUUUUGAAGGCACCUCAACAAUUUCACCGCGGUACCUGUCGAGUCAACGAUCCUCAGCACCCACCUCUCCCCCGAAGAGGCCGUCUUUCUCAGGACGUCCUCGAAUAGAUGGGAAGGAAUUCUUUCGGCAAGCUAGGACCCAUCUCUCUUAUGAACAGUUUGCUGCAUUUUUGGCCAACAUUAAGGAGCUCAAUGCAAACAAACAAUCGCGUGAGGAAACUCUAGAGAAGGCAGAAGAGAUUUUUGGUACAGAAAACAAGGAUUUGUACAUUUCCUUUCAGAAUUUGCUCAAUCGCAGUCUAUCUUGAAUGUUUAUAUCGAAGGAAACAUUUUUGCUACCAGAAACAGGAACUUUUUGAAUAAUCUGCUCUUUUGAAAUGCUGCUGUAUUUUUGUGAUGGUUGUCAAAGUUAUGCUGGUGAAAAAAGAGUCCAAGAUAUUGUACAGAGGCUAUUCUUUUGUUUAGUGGUGACUAUUUAUUCAUAACGAGCGCCCCAGGGCCCAGGAAAGUAUGCAGGUUGCAACAAUAAUUCCUGGAGAGAUGAAUAAGUGUUCCUAAUCUGUUGUUUAUAAAUACUCCUAUCUUGUUUUAAUCUUUUUUUAAAUGUUUUUGCUCCAUAUAAUGUAAUUUUUGAAGAGUGAUGUAGUAAUCAGUUAUUACCUCUUCAGUGAGUAUAGUGUGUUUCUUUGUGAUGUUCUUGUUUAAUAAAAUGAUUGUAUGGCUACACUGGAA